AACAUGACCAACUUCCAAAGAACCCCAACCCCUAGCACAAACCGCCGCCGCCGCCACCGCCACGUGGUACUUUGAAGGAUCAAGAACUCAUCGCCGUUGCCACCAAUCUUUCUGCCGUCUGUUCGACGAAAUGCCCCCAAAGGUAUCCAAGCGGUGGGUUCCAGUUAACCGGCCGGCGGGCACGUCUCCCGUUGCAGGCAAAAAAACCAACGAAGUGCCUCCGAAGGUAUCCAAGCGAUGGGUGCCGGUUAACCAAGCAGCGGGCAUGUCUCCUGUUGCAGCGAAGCCAUCCAGAGAAGUUCCACCGAAGGUAUCCCAGCGGCAGGUGCCGGUUGACCAAGCGUCGGGCUUGUCUCCUAUUGCAGUCAAACCAUCCAACGAAAUGCCCCCGAAAGUAUUAAAGCGGUGGAUGCCUGUUAACCGGUCCGCGGGGAAGUUGCAUGAGGCAGGUAACCCAUCCAACGAAAUGCCCCUGAAGGUAUCCAAGCAAUGGGUGCCUGUUAACCAACCAGCACCAGUGGGGACAUCUCGUGGGGCAGGUGAACCGGCCGAUAGGCUCAGCGAUCUCCCGGACGUGCUCCUGCACCACAUCAUGUCGUUCUUGAAGGCAUGGGAGAUGGUCCGCAUGUCCAAGCUCUCGCGGAGGUGGCGCAACCUCUGGGCUUCUGCGCCCUGCAUCGACAUCCGUGUUGGAGACCAUGAUAGACCACCAGAGGACUUAGCCAAGUUUGUUCACCGGUUGCUGCUCACCCGGGACGUGCUCACGCCAGUGGACACGCUCCGUCUGCGCUCGCUUGGUGAGGAUGAUUUCUAUGAGACUUAUAACAAUGGCCAUGUCAAGAGGUGGAUCCGUAGUGCUAUCAAGCGAAAUGCUCGUGUUAUUCAGCUUAACGGGCAUCUCAGCAAGUACAUAGAGCUGGAUCACAAAGACUUUGUCUCUAGCCACCUCAAAAUCUUGAAACUGUCAUACGCCAAGCUGGAUGAUGAAGUCAUGAAGCAGCUCUCUUCUCACUGCCCUUUGGAAGAACUAUAUCUCAAGAGCUGUGUGAUUGAUGUCCAUGAGGUUUUAUCCUUCUCUCUGAAGAGUUUGACCAUGGUUAAAUGCAAGUUCACUAUGAACCUCUUGGUGGAUGCUUCAAACCUCAUGUUCCUACGGUGCAUCAAACCAGAGAAGUGGGUUCCCGUAUUCAAGAACUCUGGGUCUCUUGUCACAGGCAGCAUCAUGCUUGAUGACUCUUUACUGAGUCGUGAAUUUCAAAAGUACCAUGAUGAAAGCAAUGAUAAUAGAAAUGUCAUGUGUGAUGGUAAAAAUUCUGAUGGCAGUCACAAUGAGGGCUUUCUUGAUAGUAUUCUUUAUAGCGGCUUUGGUAACGAUUUUUAUGAUGGCUAUUCUGACAGUAUUUACGAUGACUAUUCCGAUGACAUCAAAGACAAUUAUGAUUAUGGAAGUGAUAUCAAUAGCGAUGACGAUACAUACGAAUAUAGCGAAAUUGCAAAUGACUCUGAAGAUUAUUUUGGAAACUGUUCCGGUGACCUCAGUUUCAGUAAAGGUGGCAACAAUUCUGGCCACAGUGCAAACUAUGGGUUUAAUGAUUAUAAAACGUUAGGUGGCCAAAAUAUUAUUCACAGCCUUUUAAACGCCAGAAGCAUAGAGCUGCUAGGUCAUUCAGGAGAGGUCGUUUUGAGAAGGGAAUCAAUAAGUUUCCCAACAUUUAUCAACUUGAAGACAUUGUCCCUUGGUGAAUGGUGUAUCAGUAGGGGUGCUGAUUUUUACCUACUAAUUCACUUACUUCAGCAUGCACCUAAUCUGGAGAAACUAUUUCUUCAACUUGAAAUGAAUUUUGACAUCCAAAAAGCAUUGGGAAGAUGUAUUAAACCAAGCGGAGGGUCAUUUGAUUGUAAACACCUUAGAAUGGUGAAGAUCAAAUGCACCAAGGAUGAUCCUAGAGUACAUAUGCUGGCACAGCUGUUUAGGGCUAAUGACGUGCCCCUUGAGAAGAUUUACGUGCGUAGGAGUGGGAGCUUCAAUCUUCGUAUGCUAAAGCUAAACAGGGAAAUUACAUUGGGCGAUAUGCGUGACUUUGGGUAAAAAACCUGGGCCUUUGCAAUGGUACACUUACGAAUGCAAGGCACUUGACCUGGGGAGUCAAGAAAGUAUGAUUUUCACACAACAUGCCGAUCAGUCCUGCAGACCUAUGAAGAGCUUAAUAACUCGGAAUAUUGUCCUGAGAACUUUGAGUACUUUCAUUUUUUUUAUCAUGGAUUUGUUCGUCGCUUCUCUGUUAUGACCAUGGGUGAUCUGGGCCACGUACCUGCUGUUCUGGAAUGACAUGUUUCCUGGAGAAUUUA